UAUGUGUUCUUCUCUGUUUUUUCUAUUUCUCAAGAUCUUAUAAUAGAGGUCUUAUACAAUAUUUGUCCUUUUGCCUCUGACUCAUUUCGCUCAGCAUAAUGCCUUCCAGAUACCUCCAUGUUAUGAAAUGUUUCAGAGAUUCGUCACUGUUCUUUAUCGAUGCGUAGUAUUCCAUUGUGUGAAUAUACCACAAUUUAUUUACCCAUUCAUCCGUUGACAGACACCUUGGUUGCUUCCAACUUUUUGCUAUUGUAAACAGGGCUGCAAUAAACAUGGGUGUGCAUAUAUCUGUUUGUGUGAAGGCUCUUGUUUCUCUAGGGUCUAUUUCGAGGAGUUGGAUUUCUGGGUUGUAUGGUAGUUCUAUUUUUAACUGUUUAAGAUAAUGCCACAUGGAUUUUCAAAGUGGUUGUACCAUUUUACAAUCCCACCAGCAGUGUAUGAGAGUUCCAAUCUCUCCACAGCCUCUCCAACAUUUAUUAUUCUGUGUUUUUUGGAUUAAUGCCAGUCUGGUUGGUGUGAGAUGGAAUCUCAUCGUAGUUUUAAUUUGCAUUUCUCUAAUGGUUAGUGAUCGGGAGCAUUUUCUCAUGUGUCUGUUAGCUGCCUGAAUAUCUUCUUUAGUGAAAUGUGUGUUCAUAUCCUUUGCCCACUUCUUGAUUGGGUUGUUUGUCUUUUUGUGGUUGAGUUUUGACAGAAUCAUGUAGAUUUUAGAGAUCAGGCGCUGGUCGGAGAUGUCAUAGCUGAAAAUUCUUUCCCAGUCUGUAGGUGGUCUUUUUACUCUUUUGGUGAAGUCUUUAGAUGAGCAUAGGUGUUUGAUUUUUAGGAGCUCCCAGUUAUCUGGUUUCUCUUCAUCAUUUUUGGUAGUGUUUUGUAUUCUGUUUAUGCCUUGUAUCAGGGAUCCUAGGGUUGUCCCUAUUUUUUCUUCCAUGAUCUUUAUCUUUUUGUCUUUGAUCCACUUGGAGUUAGUUUUAGUGCAUUGUCUGAGGUAUGGGUCCUGUUUCAUUUUUUUGCAAAUGGAUAUCCAGUUAUGCCAGCACCAUUUGUUAAAAAGACUAUCUUUUCCCCAAUUAACUGACACUGGGCCUUUAUCAAAUAUCAGCUGCUCAUACGUGGAUGGAUUUAUAUCUGGGUUCUCAAUUCUGUUCCAUUGGUCUAUGUGCCUGUUGUUGUACCAGUACCAGGCUGUUUUGACUACUGUGGCUGUAUAAUAGCUUCUGAAAUCAGGUAGAGUGAGGCCUCCCACUUUCUUCUUCUUUUUCACUAAUGCUUUGCUUAUCCGAGGCUUCUUUCCCUUCCAUAUGAAAUCGGUGAUUUGUUUCUCUAUCACCUUAAAAAUGACAUUGGAAUUUGGAUCGGAAGUGCAUUGUAUGUAUAGAUGGCUUUUGGUAGAAUAGACAUUUUUACUAUGUUAAGUCUUCCUAUCCAUGAACAAGGUAUGUUUUUCCACUUAAGUAUGUCCUUUUUAAUUUCUUGUAGUAGAGCUUUGUAGUUUUCUUUGUAUGGGUCUUUUAUAUCCUUGGUAAGAUUUAUUCCUAAGUAUCUUAUCUUCUUGGGGGCUACUGUGAAUGGUAUUGAUUUGGUUAUUUCCUCUUCGGUGUUCUUUUUGUUGAUGUAGAGGAAUCCAAGUGAUUUUUGUAUGUUUAUCUUAUAACCUGAGACUCUGCCAAACUCUUCUAUUAGUUUCAGUACUUUUCUGGAGGAUUCCUUAGGGUUUUCUGCGUAUAAGAUCAUCUCAUCUGCAAAUAGAGAUAAUUUUACUUCCUCCUUGCCCAUCCGGAUACCCUUUAUUUCUUUGUCUAGCCUAAUUGCCCUGGCUAAGACCUCUAGCACGAUGUUGAAUAAGAGCAGUGAUAAAGGGCAUCCUCGUCUGGUUCCUGUUCUCAAGGGAAAUGCUUUCAGGCUCUCUCCAUUUAGAGUGAUAUUGGCUGUUGGCUUUGCAUAGAUGCCCUUUAUUAUGUUGAGGAAUUUUCCUUCAAUUCCUAUUUUGGUGAGAGUUUUUAUCAUAAAUGGGUGUUGGACUUUGUCAAAUGCCUUUUCUUCAUUAAUUGAUAAGAUCAUGUGGUUUUUGUCUUUUGUUUUAUUUAUGUGGUGGAUUACAUUAAUGGUUUUUCUGAUAUUAAACCAGCCUUGCAUACCUGGUAUAAAUCCCACUUGAUCAGGGUGAAUUAUUUCUUUGAUAUGUUGUUGAAUUCUAUUGGCUAGAAUUUUGUUGAGGAUUUUUGCAUCUAUGUUCAUGAGGGAUAUAGGUCUGUAAUUUUCUUUUUUUGUAAUGUCUUUACCUGGUUUUGGUAGCAGGGAGAUGGUGGUUUCAUAGAAUGAGUUGGGUAGUAUUCCGUCAUUUUCUAUGCUUUGAAAUACCUUUAGUAGUAGUGGUGUUAACUCUUCUCUGAAAGUUUGGUAGAACUCUGCAGUGAAGCCGUACGGGCCAGGGCUUUUUCUUGUUGGGAGUUUUUUGAUUACCUUUUCAAUCUUUUUUUUUGUUAUGGGUCUAUUUAGUUGUUCUACUUCUGAAUGUGUUACUUUAGGUAGGUAGUGUUUUUCUAGGAAUCCAUCCAUUUCUUCUAGGUUUGCAAAUUUGUUAGAGUACAAUUUUUCAUAAUAAUCUGAUAUGAUUCUUUUAAUUUCGGUUGGGUCUGUUGUGAUGUGGUCCUUCUCGUUUCUUAUUUGGGUUAUUUGUUUCCUUUCCUGUAUUUCUUUAGUCAGUCUGGCCAAUGGUUUAUCAAUUUUGUUAAUUUUUUCAAAGAACCAGCUUUUGGCUUUGUUAAUUCUUUCAAUUGUUUUUCUGUUCUCUAAUUCAUUUAGUUCAGCUCUAAUUUUUAUUAUUUGUUUUCUUCUGGUGCCAGAUGGAUUCUUUUGUUGCUCACUUUCUAUUUGUUCAAGUUGUAAGGACAGUUGUCUGAUUUUGGCUCUUUCUUCUUUUUGUAUGGGUGCAUUUAUCGAUAUAAAUUGGCCUCUGAGCACUGCUUUUGCUGUAUCCCAGAGGUUUUGAUAGGAAGUAUUUUCAUUCUCGUUGCAUUCUAUGAAUUUCCUUAUUCCCUCCUUGAUGUCUUCUAUAACCCAGUCUUUUUUCAGGAGGGUAUUGUUUAGUUUCCAAGUAUUUGAUUUCUUUUCCCUAGUUUUUCUGUUAUUGAUUUCUAGUUUUAUUGCCUUGUGGUCUGAGAAGAUGCUUUGUAAUAUUUCGAUGUUUUGGACUCUGCAAAGGUUUGUUUUAUGACCUAAUAUGUGGUCUACUCUAGAGAAUGUUCCAUGUGCGCUAGAAAAAAAAGUAUAUUUUGCAGCAGUUAGGUGGAGAGUUCUGUAUAAGUCAAUGAGGUCAAGUUGUUUGAUUGUUGUAAUUAGAUCUUCCGUGUCUCUAUUGAGCUUCUUACUGGAUGUCAUGUCCUUCUCCGAAAGUGGUGUGUUGAAGUCUCCUAAUAUAAUUGUGGAGGUGUCUAUCUCACUUUUCAGUUCUGUUAAAAUUUGAUUUAUGUAUCUUGCAGCCCUGUCAUUGGGUGCAUAAAUAUUUAAUAUGGUUAUGUCUUCCUGAUCAAUUGUCCCUUUUAUCAUUAUGUAGUGUCCUUCUUUAUCCUUUGUGGUGGAUUUAAGUCUGAAGUCUAUUUUGUCAGAAAUUAAUAUUGCUACUCCUCUUCUUUUUUGCUUAUUGUUUGCUUGAUAUAUUUUUUUCCAUCCUUUGAGUUUUAGUUUCUUUGUGUCUGUGAGUCUAAGGUGUGUCUCUUGUAGGCAGCAUAUAGACGGAUCGUGUUUCUUUAUCCAGUCCGUGACUCUCUGUCUCUUUAUUGGUGCAUUUAGUCCAUUUACAUUCAGCGUAAUUAUAGAUAAAUAAGUGUUUAGUGUUGUCAUUUUGAUGCCUUUUUAUGUGUGUUGUUGACAAUUUCAUUUUUCCACAUACUUUUUUGUGCUGAGACGUUUUUCUUAGUCAAUUGUGAGAUCCUCAUUUUCGUAGUGUUUGACUUUAUGUUUGUUAAGUCGUUACGUUUUUCUUGGCUUUUAUCUUGAGUUAUGGAGUUGUAAUACCUCUUUGUGGUUACCUUAUUUUUUACCCGUAUUUUUCUAAGUAAAAACCUAACAUGUAUUGUUCUAUAUCGCCUUGUAUCCCUCUCCUUAUGGCAGUUCUAUGCCACCUGUAUUUAGUCGCUCUUUUUGAUUAUUGUGAUCUUUUAGAUUUUGACUUCAGUGAUUCCCUGUUAUGAGCAUUUUUUUUUUAAUUAAUCUUAAUUUGUUUUUGUGAUUUCCCUAUUUGAGUUGAUAUCAGGAUGUUCUGUUUUGUGACCUUGUGUUGUGCUGGUAUCUGAUAUUAUUGAUUUUCUGACCAAACAAUAUUCUUUAGUAUUUCUUGUAGCUUUGGUUUGGUUUUUGCAAAUUCUCUAAACUUGUGUUUAUCUGUAAAUAUCUUAAUUUCGCCUUCAUAUUUCAGAGAGAGUUUUGCUGGAUAUAUGAUCCUUGGCUGCCAGUUUUUCUCCUUCAGUGCUCUGUAUAUGUCGUCCCAUUCCCUUCUUGCCUGCAUGGUUUCUUUUGAGUAGUGUGAACUUAUUCUUAUUGAUUCUCCCUUGAAGGAAACCUUUCUUUUCUCCCUGGCUGCUUUUAAAAUUUUCUGUUUAUCUUUGGUUUUGGCAAGUUUGGUGAUAAUAUGUCUUGGUGUUUUUCUUUUUGGAUCAAUCUUAAAUGGGGUUCGAUGAGCAUUUUGGAUAGAUAUCCUUUCGUCUUUCAUGAUGUCAAUGAAGUUUUCUGUCAGGAGAUCUUCAACUAUUUUCUCUGUGUUUUCUGUCCUCCUUCCCUGUUCUGGGACUCCAAUCACACGCAAGUUAUCCUUCUUGAUAGAGUCCCACAUGAUUCUUAGGGUUUCUUCAUUUUUUUUAAUUCUUUUAUCUGAUUUUUUUCGGCUAUGUUGGUGUGAAUUCCCUGGUCCUCCAGAUUUCCCACUCUGCAUUCUAAUUGCUCGAGUCUGCUCCUCUAAUUUCCUAUUGCGUUUGUCUAAUUCUGUAAUUUUAUUGUUCAUCUUUUGGAUUUCUACAUGCUGUCUCUCUAUGGAUUCUUGCAACUUAUUAAUUUUUCCACUAUGUUCUUGAAUAAUCUUUUUGAGUUCUUCAACUGUUUUAUCAGUGUGUUCCUUGGCUUUUUCUGCAGUUUGCCUUAUUUCGUUUCUGAGAUCAUCCCUGAUGUCUUGAAGCAUUCUGUAAAUUAGUUUUUUAUAUUCUGUAUCUGAUAAUUCCAGGAUUGUAUCUUCAUUUGGGAAAGAUUUUGAUUCUUUUGUUUAGGGGUUGUAGAAGCUUUCAUGGUCUGCUUCUUUAUGUGGUUUGAUAUGGACUGCUGUCUCCGAGCCAUCACUGGGAAACUAGUUUUUCCAGAAAAUCUGCUAAAAAAAUUGCAGUCAGAUCCCUGUCAGAACUGCCUUUGGAUUAUAACUGCCGCCUUGUUCCCUGUAAGGAUGAAAGUCUGAGACUUGGAUCAUAUAUGCUUGGCUGUAGCUGGUUCUGUGUUUUUAGUCCAAUUAGGGAUGGAUUUUUGGUCCCUGGGUUUUUUCUGGUUCCUUCUCUCAGACCAGACGAGUGGAUUAGGAAAAGACCAAAAGAAAAAAAAAAGGGAGGGGAACCAAAGCCGCCGCGGAGCCGGAGCCGUUCUCCCUCUGGCUCAGGAAAUUCCAAUGUUAAUGAUGCCGCCUGGGGAGGGUGGGGGUGGGAUCAGAGAGAUAGGAGCGUAGCACCUCGGAAUAUAGCCAGAGUUGCUUGUCUUGCUUGGAAUGACUAUUUUAUCUGAGAUUCCCGAGGGGCAUGUCGCCUAUGUGUGCUGGCUGUGUGGAGAUUGCCACCGGGGAUCUGGUCCACUGAAGCCGCUGUCAGAUCCUCCGCUGCCAGUCCAAUGCCCAGCGUUAAGGUUCCCCUGCUGGGACGCUGCACUCCCGACUCCAAAAUCAGUCACUGCCUCCCGGGGACUUCUCGUCCCUCCAGCCGCGUCGCCGCGUUGCCCCCUUGGACUGGCUGGGCCCCCUCCCGGGGUUAGUUCAGGGGAGUUGAGCAGCUCCCCGUGCUUGUGCCGUGACAGCACCCAGUCAAAUGCCCGGCAGCACAAUUCCCCGGCUGGGACGCUGCUCUCCCAGCUCCAAGACCAGUCACUGCCUCCCAGGGACUUCUCCCACUGGCUGCAUCGCCACGCCGCCUGCGCGGACCGGCUGGGCCCCCUCCCGGGGUGAGUUCGCGGGGGUAGGGCUGUGCCCCUUGUUUGCGCCAUCAGCUCCCCUGGACCCUGACCUAAACCGGCCGCCAAGGUUACCUGACUGGAACGCUGGCUCCUGGCUCCAAAAACAGUUGCUGCUUCCCCAUAUUUGUUCAUUUUUCGUCUCUAAAUCUGUGUUUGUUGUUCAGGGUUCGUAGAUUGUUAUGUAUGUCAUCAGUUCACUUGUUUUUCUGAGUCUUUGUUGCAAGAGGGAUCAGAGGUAGCAUCUACUUAGUCCGCCAUCUUGGCCCUGCCUCCAACAUCCCCAUUUAUUUUUUCUUCUUCUUAGUUUUCUUACUUGCAGUUUCUUAUUCCUUUCUGUUCAGUCCGUCUUAAACCAACUCCAGGAAAACUUUCCCUACUUCUCCACCUUAACAAAGAUUUCUUAACAAUAGAGCCAAGGACCUCCACAUUGCUAAAUCCAAUGGUCAAUUUUCAGCCAUCAUUUUGCUAGAUCUAUCAGCAAUAUUGGAAAUAGCUGAUCACUUUUACUUCCUUGAUAUAUUCACUUGGUUUCUGAUAUCACACAGUUUCUUGGUUUUCCUUCUACUUCAUGUGUCACUCCUCAUUCUCCUUUGUGAGUUCUGCCUUUUUCACUUCACCAUUCAAAGUUAUAGAGUGCACCAGGGCUCAGUCAUUGGUCCUAACUUUUUUCUUCUGUCAGUACAUACUGCUUCAGUAAAUGCAUCCAAUCCUGUAGUCUUAAAAGUUAUUCAAAUGCUGAAUACUCAAAAAUUUAUGCCUGCAUUCCAGACCAUGCUCCCUAACUCCACACUUACAUACAUCUAACCAUGUGUUCAAAUCUUCACUUAGAUAUCCAAGAAUAUUAUGUUUUCUAAUUGAACUACUGGAAGCAGCAGUCAAGAAAUCAAAACACGCAUUGCCCUGGGCAAAUUGCCUGUAAGAGGUCUCUUUAAAGUGUUAAAAAGCAAAGAUGUCACCUUGAGGACUAAGGUGCACCUGACCCAAGCCACGGUGUUUCCAAUCAUCUCAUACACAUGCGAAAGCUGGACAAUGAAUGAGGAAGACUGGAGACGAAUUGAUGCCUUUGAAUUGUGGUAUUGGUGAAGAAUAUUGAAUAUACCAUGGACUGCCAAAAGAAUGAACAAAUCUGUCUUGGAAGAAGUAUAACCAGAAUGCUCCUUAGAAGCAAGGAGGGCAAGAUUACGUCUCACAUACUUUGGACAUGUUAUAAGGAGGAAUCAGUCCCCAGAGAAGGACGUCAUGCUUGGUAAAGUAGAGGGUCAGAAAAAAUGAGGAAGAUCCUCAAAGAGAUGCGUUGACACAGUGGCUGUGACAAUCGGCUCAAGCAUAACAACAACUGUGAGGUUGGUGCAGGACUGAGUAGUGUUCUGUUGUGCAUAGGGUUGCUAUGAGUUGGAACCGACUCAACAGCACCUAAUAACAACAACAAUAACAAUUGAACUACUAAAAAUGACAAAAGUCCCAAUUGUUACUGAUAAUUAGAAGUUGUAGCAGAAAUAAGAUUAAAAGGUCAGGGGCCUCUUUUUUUAUAUACUUUUUAUUGUGCUUUAAGUGAAAGUUUACAAAUCAAGUCAGUCUCUCACGUAAAAACUUAUAUACACCUUACUACAUAUUCCCAAUUACUCUCCCCUCAAUGAGACAACCCACUCCCUCCUUCCACUCUUUCUUUUCACGUCCAUUUUGCCAGCUUCUAACCCCCUCUACCCUCCCAUCUUGCCUCCAGGCAGGAGAUGCCAACAUUGUCUCAAGUGUCCACCUGAUCCGAGAAGCUCACUUCUCAUCAGCAUCCCUCUCCAACCCAUUGUCCAGUCCAGUCCAUGUCUGACGAGUUGGCUUCAGGAAUGGUCCCUGUCCUGGACCAACAGAAGUUUUGGGGCCAUGACCACGAGGGUCCUUCUAGUCUCAGUCAGACUAUUAAGUCUAGUCUUUUUAUGAGCAUUUAGGAUCUGUAUCCCACUGUUCUCCUGCUCCCUCAGGGGUUCUCUGUUGUGCUCCCUGUCAGGGCAGUCAUCGGUUGUAGCCAGGCACCAUCUAGUUCUUCUGGUCUCAGGAUGAUAUAGUCUCUGGUUCAAGUGGCCCUUUCUGUCUCUUGGGCUCGUAAUUGCCUUGUGUCCUUGGUGUUCUUCAUUCUCCUUUGAUCCAGGUGGGUUGAGACUCAUUGAUGCAUCUUAGAUGGCCACUUGCUAGUGUUUCAGACCCCAGAUGCCACUCUUCAAAGCGGGAUCCAGGAUGUUUUCUUAAUAGAUUUUAUUAUGCCAAUUGACUUAGAUGUCCCCUGAAAUCAUGGACCUCAAAACCCUGCCCCUGCUUCCCUGACCUUCGAAGGUCAGGGGCCUCUUUUAACCUUCUGAUGACAUAUCCUGCCUAAGAACUUGGAAUACAGACAAGGGCAAGUCAAGGGUCAGUACUGGAGAAGCAUCAACGAUAUGUCACAUUUAAUCCAGGGCAUAAAAGAGAGUUAAAAGAACAUCUAAAGAACAAUAUCAAAGCUAAAAAAAUGGGAAUCCUAGUGAAAAUCACCAAGAGCUCAGUAAAGAGGUGCUAAAACAAUUAUGAACGAGACACAAGAAAAAUAAACUGGCAACAGCAAAUCCGGGAAGGACAAGACUCUAGGAGAAAAUGUAAGUCAAUUUGAGAGCCUCAGGGAGAAAAUCUUGAUAGCUUGCGAAUGCUUUUAAGGUACCACCUUUUCCUUUCUAUUUCUGUUGCGGAACCACUCAUGGGUAACAAUUGCCGUCAGAUAACUUCUUGUGCUUUAUAAAGAAAUUAUUCCAAAGGGGAGGAGAAAAAAAAAAAAGAAGAAAGAUAAAAGUAUAUGCCUGUCUUACAUGAAAGUAUGGGUUAAACUUCAUAUUUAACUAAGAAAUGCCAUUUUGGGGUCAUUUAAAUGAGAGAAUGAACUCAAUUUUAUUGAACAGACACUUCAGAAGAUAUUUUACAAACAUUAGCUAGUAAUUCUUACAACGUUAUGAUAUAAUUACUAACCCUGUCUUAAAAACAAAAACAAUCGAUGUCAAGUCUGUUCCGGCCCCACGUGUGUCAGAGUAGAACUGUGCUCCAUAAAGCUUUCAAUGUCUGCGACGUUUCAGAAGUAGAUCCCAAGGACUUUCUUCUGAGCUCUUCUGAGUGGACUCAGACCACCGGUCUUUCAGCUAAACACUUAAUCAUUUGCUCUACCUAGGCAGUUUAACUUCAUCUGACUUGUAAGUAAAAUGAGGUCAUUUGAGGUUAACCGGAUUUCCAAGUCUUUUGGAUAGUGUUUGGACUCUUUCCACAAUGCUAUUUUGAUCCUUUACAUGAUUGUGAAAUAACAGAAAUGCAGGGAUGACCCUGGGCCACAUUAUAAAAAUUGUCUUUGUUUCUUCCUCUAUCAUCUGGAAAAUUUUCUUCACAUUAAGCUCUUCCUUGAUUCUCAUCUUUGUAGGCAACCCAUCCUCACUUAGUUCCUUUUGCCAAAGGGAAAAAAAAAUUAAUAAUUUUAUUCCCACCAAAGUAAAUAUGUUACUUAUAUUUGGAAAAGAAGUGUGAUUGUUAGGAUAGCAAUCAAUUCAAAAGAAUAAACAGUGAAUGAUAAAAUUUGAGAUGAUAUGGGACACAGAUCGAUAGAAAACUUUAAGACUCAAGUCACACAAAGGGGUUGGCUGAGUAUUUCCUCUGUCUGGUAUGAGUCAGAAUCCACUCAAUGGCAAUGGAUUAUGGUAUGAGAAUAGCUUCCUUGAAGAAUAAAUACUGGUUCUUCACAGUAACUUUUCCCAUAUUAUGUACUCAGAUAUUAAUCAUGUUUUUAAGAAAAAGGACUGUUUGAUCAAAUAGGCUGAAGAUCAAAGAAGAACUGACAACUUUGAAUUACGGUGUUGGUAAGGAAUAUUGAAUAUACCAUGGACUGCCAAAAGAAUGAAAAAAUCUGUCUUAGAAGAAGUACAGCGAGAAUGCUCUUUAUAGCCAAGGAUAGUGAGACAUUGUCUUACAUACUUUGGACGUGUUAUCAGGAGGGACCAAUCCCUGAGGAAGGACUUCAUGCUUGGUAAAGUAGAGUGUCAACAAAAAGGAGGAAGACCUUCAAUGAGAUGGACGGACACAGUGGCUACAACAAUGGGCUCAAGCAUAGCGACGAUUGUGAUAAUGGUGCAGGACCAGGCAGUGUUUCACUUUGUUGCAUAGCGUCACUAUGAGGGAAUCGACUUGACGGCACCUAACAACAACAACUUGUGUAUUUACUUUUUUUUUUCUUAACAUAUGUCUAUUCUUCCAUGUUCUACAUACUGUACCGCUGCUGCUGUUGUUAGUUGUUGUCAGAUCGGUUUCAACUCAUGUUGACCCUGUAUGUGCACAGUAGAACUGUUCCAUAGGGUUUUCAAGGCUGUGACUUUUCGGAAGCAGAUCACCAGGUCUGUCUUGUGAGGAGCCUCUUGGACAGGUUCAAAUGGUCAACCUUUCUGCUAGUUGUGUAUCACUUAGCCAUUUGCACCUCCCAGAGAUUCAUGUACUAUACAAAUCAGAAGUACAGAAAGGUCAAAGUUUUCUUACUGGUUAUAUUCUAGUUAGGUGCAGAUAAAUAAUAAGCAAAUGAAAGCUAAAUGAAAGAUAUAAUCAGAUAAUGACAAAUGUGAUAAAGGAAAUAAAAGAAGGUUUUUUUUUUUUAGUGUCAUGGGGCUUGAAAACAAAUAAAGAAGACUGAAGAAGAAUUGAUGCCUUUAAAUUAUGGUGUUGGUGAAGAACAUUAAAUACAUCGUGGGCUUCCAGAAGAACAAACACAUCUGUCUUGGAAGAAGUACAGGCAGAAUGCUCCUUAGAAGUGAGGAUGGUGAGACUUUGUCCUAUGUACUUAGUACGUGUUAUCAGGAGGGACCCGUCCGUGGAGAAGAACAUCAUACUUGGAAAAGCAGAGGGUCAGCAAAAAAGAGAAAGACCUUUAAGGAGUUGAACUGACACAGUGGCUGCAAGAGUAGGCACAAAUAAAGAAACUAUUUUGAGAAUGAUCCAGGACCGGGCAGUGUUUCGUUCUGUUGUAUAUAGGCUCACUAUGAGUUGGAACUGGAUCAACAGCACCUAACAACAACAGUGUGAUAGAGAGGGAUUGGAUGCAUAUGUGAAUAGUCAUUAAUAUAACAGCUGAGUUAGAAUUUUCAAGAAUUUACUAUAUAGAAACUCAUAUUACUCUCUCCCCAUUCUUCCCCACCAAGAGAAGUUGAUUCUAACCCAUAUCUAAACGGCUCUGGUGACCAUGGGGUAACUUCAGACCCCAUGUCUGAUGGGGUAAUAUCAGACAAUUUGUAAAAAAUGAUUCUACAGCAAAAAUAAGUCUAUGGAUAAUCUUUGAGGAUUAGAUUCUGAAAAUUGAAAUAAUCAUCCUAACUCUGAUAACCUUAUAAGGUGUUGAAGAUAAAAAAGUUAAUGUAAAUGAAAUCACUUUAUAAGAUGGAGAAGGAAUGAAAAUUGUAACCUAUUAUUCCAAAAAUAGAAAAACAAUAUUAAUUGAAAAUGCCAUUUAUUAAUAAAUUAGAAAAAAUUAAAUAUAUUUUUAUGCCCGGGUACAAAUUUUCUGACCCUGAUGGUGGCCCUCCAGGAACAGAUAUUACUUCUGUGUGGGAGGUCGAAUCCAGAGAUGGGAUUUGACUCAGGUUCCUUCCUGUUGCUAUAUUCUAACUAUUUAAAAUUGUGGCCAUUCUGUAAUUGAGAUACACAUCACAGUGCAUGAACAAAUGACUGAAUUGUUAACAUUGUGGUCUAGGUUUCUGCAUGUUGGCCUGGUCUUAGUGACAUUCUGCUUCUGAGAACACCCUAUUAUUAAGGUGGGUGAAUGGGAAUUCACUGGGGUGGGGAUUAGCCUCUGUCAGUGGAGAUCUAGCCUCGAGGGCUACAACUGAAUGGUAUAAAUCUGUGCCUUGUCACAGCUGUUCAAACAUGCCCUCUGCCCUCUUAUAUCCCAAAGGAGAGCAUUGGAUCCAUGAUGUAUCUUCUGAGAAACUGAACAAAAACAGUUUCUACUUUGAUCUUAACAUACAAUCCGCUGAGAUUCAAAAGAGACCUGAAUGAUUCAGUAAAUUCUCUGCUUGGCUCCCUCGUCAGCAAUCCUUUUUAAUUGGAAAGAAUAUAAAUAAAUCCCUUGGUAAAACAGAAUGUACACUUCUUCAUUAGAUUCAUAGAUACCUACAACUUCUGCUUUAAAUCUCUCUUCAAAAGCAAUAAAAAUCGUAGUUCGACAAAUUUGACCAGUAUUUAAUGAUUGGAUGGCUUUUCUCCAUUUAUAUCCUGGACAGCUUACUUCCACAGUAAGAAAAACUAAGCUGGAAUCAUUUCACCUGGUUCUUGGACUCUCUGGAGAAGUUGCUUUAUGCGAACGAAUCUUGGGUGAGAUAAGAUCUUGGAUUAGACUUGAAAUGAUUAGAGUCUUUAUUUCUACAACUUUCCACUUUUGACCAACUCUAAAAACUAAGCUCUAAGUGUUAACUUUAUUAAUGUAUUCUUUUUCCUAAAAUUAGUGAUGUUUAGAGGGUAAUGCUUAAAUUUUAGAUUGACAGUUUUAAUUUAGGAAUGAGCUGAAUUUUUGUAUUUCUUUAUAGGUAAAACAAAACAACUACAAAAUUUUCUUAUAAGCAGGUUUACCUCUAGGAAUGACGGUGGUGGUGGUGACAGUGGUGAUGGCAAUGACAAAGAUAGCAGUGGUGGCAGUAGUAAUGAUUGUGGUGGUGGCAGUGUUGGUGAUGAUACUGGUGUUGGUGGUAAUGGCAGUAGUAGUUGCAGUGUUGGCGACGACAGUGGUGACCACAGUGAUGAAGGUGGUGGUAGUGGUGGGGACUGCCUUGGUAAUGCUGGUGGUUUGGUGACGGUGAGGAUAGAGGUAAUUUAGGAGCAUUCUGUGGAAACACUGAGAAAUUAUUGUAGAUUCCAAUACCAAAAAUUAAAACAUUAUUGCCACUUCCGUUCUACAAAAUUCUGCUGGAGUUAGUUACAAACCCACAAAUUUGCCAUUAAUUUUUAUGAAAACAAAGCAAAACAUGGGGUAAUAUAUGCACUAAAGAGGUUACUUUAAAGUACUUUAACGGUAAGAGAAAAACCUAGCUUGAUACUCAGGAAGCUUCAGAGCUACAAGUCCACUGACUAUAUAAAACUGACAGUCCAAGUGCAAUCACUAGAGCCAUCUAGGUACUUAGAUUUCGAUGGAGGUAUUAUAUAUAGCCCAGGUGAAUUCAGAAAGAAAUAUCAGCUCCAGAGUCCAGCUUCCUGGAUUCAAAAGCAGGCUAUAUUAUGCAGUAACUCUGUGGACUCAAGGAAGUGAACAAGUCACUAUGCUUAAUAAAUGUUAUUGUUAUUACAGUUAUUAUUUUGAGAUGAGUACAUCGAUUAUUGACAAAUCUACUUAGAGAAAGAAUAAUUGUCCUUUAUGAAAGGAGUUUAAAUGUUUACUUACUAAAAAUUCUUCUGAAUUAUAUUCUGAUAAAGAAUGCAUGCUUCUAUAAUAAUAAAAAUAAUACAAAUGAAAAGGAAUUGAUAUAAACAAGAAAGACAAAACUGAUAGAAACAUAAAAGCUGUCUAAUACCUUAUUGUCAGGCAUGACCAUUUUGUAAGGAGAAUUUACCAAUAUCUUUUUUUUUUAUCCAAGUGGAUCCCUGGUGGCACAGUGGAUAAGAGCAACAGCUGCUAAUCAAAAGGCUAGCAGUUCAAAUCCAUCAGCCGCCCCUUGGAAAACGUUUGGAGUAGUUCUACUCUGUCCUGCAGUGUUCUGAGUUGGAAUCAACUUGACGGCAAUGGGUUUGGUUUGGUUAUCCAAGUGUAAAAUGUUCCUAUCCUGUGAUUUUACAAUUCUAUUGCAGAAACUCACUUUACAGAAAUACUUAAAUCUAUUGCUAUAUAUCUUUACCUGUAUCUAUAUUGUUAUAACCUGGCCCAGUUGCUGUCUAGUUGAUUCUGACUAACAGUGACCCUAAAGGACGUGGUAGAACUGCCUCACAGGGUUUCCAAGGAGCAUCUGGUGGAUUCCAACUUACCAUCUUAGCUCUUAACCACUGUGCCAAAACUCAUAGCAACCCUGUAAAACAGAGUAGAGCUGCCCCUAUAGAGUUUCCAAGGAGCACCUGGAAACUGUUCAGCAGCUGCAGGUCUGAACCACUAUGCAACCAGGGUUUCCCUGAUAUAGUCAUAGAUAUAUCAAUACAAGACAUUCACUGUAGCAUUGUAGCAGCAGAAAAUUGGGAAUAUUAUAAAUCUCCUUAUACUGACCUGGAAUGUUGUCAAUGAUAAAUCAUUGAUUAAAAUUCAAUGUACAGUGCAUUUGCAUACAUGAUGCCAGCAAUGUUUAUAUAAAUUUAUAUUAUUAAAAUGCAUUUAUAAAUAUGCAAAUUCAAUAUUUCUAAAUAAAAAUGCAAAUCUGGAAGGAUAAAUGACUUUUAGCUAAUUACACAGCUAAAAAGCGUUCCAGAAGUCGAAAUUAGAACCUGAUGUACAUAACUCUAAGACCUUAGCUUUCUGUUCUGCCCUGAACCAUGUCUCUUAUCCCUCCUUCUGGGUCUUUGCACAUGCUGUCCCCCUGCUGGGAAUAGCCUUUGUCUAGCUUUAAAACUUCAAUAAUUUACUUUUCUUUCAUUUCUUCAGUUAUCACUUAUUUCUUUGUCAUUAUUUUAAAUUUACUAGGUCUGCCCUUAUUUAAGGAAACAAGCCACAUCUGAUGCUUUUUAUUGUUCAAAUUUGCAGCAUCCUCUGAGUUUUUAAAAUACUUGUUGUCUGCUUAAAUAAUUAGGGAAUAAGAGGGAAGUGGACUGACAAAGAAAAAGAAAAAUGUUAACUAAGAUUGUCCCUUUCUUCAUUUGAGCGGUCUUUCGAAAAUGUUCUUCAGUGAACCAUUGUGGAAAGAGAAAAGAAAUAUCACAAAAGUAGCUGAGGGUUGUGAUUCAGAGCUGAAUUGGAAAUUUGGGGUAUGGUUUGAUCCUUGAUUAUGGCUGAAGCAAGUCUAGAAAUACAAAUGUUUACCGACUAAAGCUGAUAGCUGUCAUCAUUGAGUCUGACUGACAGAGAAAUAAUAGCCAGUCCCUGAUAUCAAAUCCACUCUCAAGCCUGGAGAAAGGGCUAAUACUAGUAUUCUCUAUUCAGUUCAGAGUUCACUGCCGUUUCCUUUUGUUCUAUAAAAUAUCAUUAAUUGUAUUGGUGCCCACUUCAUCUUUAGUAAUCUAUUAAGAACCUUGAGAAAUGUGAAGUCCCAGGUGAUACAGUUUAUGGCCUCGGCUGCAAACCAAAAGGUUAGAGGUUUGAAUACACCCAGAGAUACCUCGAAAGAAAGGCCUGGCAAUCUAUUUCUGAAAAAUCAGCCAUAGAAAACCCUAUUGCUCACAGUUCUACUCUGACAUUCAUGGGGUCACCAUGAGUCAGAAUCUACUCCAUGGCAUCUGGUCUAGACUUUGGUUGGCAAGUAACUGUCACUAUGUUGAGAGCAUUAUGAAUUUCCCCUGAGAUUCAUUCUGUCAGAGAUAUGUGAGAAAUAAAGCUGUCCAGCUUCCACUAGAAUCCACAGGUAUCUUUUAAAAAUGUAAGCCUGAUUUAUAAUUCAGGCUAUUUACAAUUAAGAAAUUAUAAUACUCUUUUGUUUUAUACUCUCCCUUGGUUUCCCAUUGCCCUCAGAAAUUCCUUGCCUUGUCCUAAAAUUCUCUGGUUUACCUGGUUACUGCCUCUACCUCUCCAAACACACAUUGAGCCAAAUGAAUGACGCCAAAUAGUCACUAACUAUAAACACUAUGUUGCUUUUUUAGAUUUUCCGACUCUCAGCCAGCGCUCAUAUCAGUACCUGGUAAAUGCGAAACCAAAACAAUGUGACUGAAUUCAUUCUUUUGGGUCUUACGAAAAACCCAGAGCUGAGGAAAAUAUUUUCUGCUGUGUUUCUAAUCAUGUAUGUUGUCACCAUGUUGGGAAACCUACUCAUUGUGGUAACUAUGACUGCAAGUCAGAGUCUGAGGUCACCUAUGUAUUUUUUCCUUACUUCCUUGUCCCUCAUGGAUGCCAUCUUUUCUUCUGUCGUCGCCCCCAAGAUGAUUGUGGAUUCCCUCUCUGAGAGCACUACCAUCUCCCUCAAAGGCUGUAUGACCCAGCUCUUUGCAGAACAUUUCUUUGGUGGAGUGUCAAUCAUCCUUCUCAUUGUGAUGGCCUAUGACCACUAUGUGGCCAUCUGUAAGCCCCUGCACUACAGGACCAUCAUGAGUUCUCGGAUGUGCUGCCUGCUGCUGGGAGGGGCCUGGGUGGGAGGAUUUUUGCAUGCAAUGAUACAGCUUCUCUUCAUGUACCAAAAACCUUUCUGUGGUCCCAAUGUCAUUGAUCACUUUAUGUGUGACUUGUUUCAGUUGCUGACACUGGCCUGCAUGGACACCUGCGUCCUGGGCCUCUUGGUCAUCCUCAAUAGUGGGGUGAUGUGCGUGACCAUCUUUCUUAUCCUCAUUGUCUCCUACAUGAUCAUCCUCUGCUCUUUGAAGUCUUAUAGCUCUGAAGGAUGGCGCAAAGCCCUGUCUACCUGUGGCUCCCACCUCACAGUGAUUGUCUUGUUCUUUGUGCCAUUUGUUUUCUUGUACGUAACACCUGUGGCCACUUAUCCCAUAGACAAGGCAAUGGCUAUGUCGGAGUCUAUCAUCACACCCAUGUUAAAUUCCUUGAUCUACAUCCUGAGAAGCACAGAGGUGAAAAAUACCAUGAAGAAACUUUGGAUGCAAUGAGAGACUUUAGAUGGCAAGUAACUGUCAUCAUGCUGAAAACAUUAUGAGUUUCUCCUAAAGAGAAGUCAUUCUUUCCAAGAUGUGUGAGAAAUAAAACAGCCCAAGUUCCAGAAGAAUCCAGAGGGAUCUUUUAGAAAUACAAGUCUGAUUUAUUGUUUAGGAUAUUUACAACAUAGAAAUUAUGAUACUGAUUUUCAAGGUUUCUUUUCUUCCUCCUAAUCUCAUCCUUGUGGUGGUUACCCUUUCCCCUUUAGCCUUCCCAGGUCAGUCCUUUUACCUCACUACUGGAACUCCAUUAUCAGAUCUAAGAGCUAUAAUUCAUUUUGUAGUUUUUCCUGUUUACAGGUAAAGUUUAACUAUACAAACUUUUGUCCAUAAAAUGUACCUUUCACAUGUGUGCACACAAGUUAUUUCUCAAAUUCGAGUACUGUGUAAGCCCUUCCUAAGGAGAAAUCAGUUCUUUUGAAUUUCGGCAAUGAUACGAAUCAUGAUUUCACAUUUCUAAUGUAACGAGGUGUUAAGAUUGAAAUUUUGGCUACACAUGAUAAGUGAAAUUACAAAGUGCGUUCCAGAUCACACCAUACCUGCUACUACAGUGAAGGCAGUGAAUGAUGAAGAUAAGAACCCUCACAACUAAGUAAAGAAUAUGAAACCUGGUCAGUAUAAACUGGAAGAGUGGUUUGUGAGAACAGCUUUGGAUGUAGAGAAUUCCCCUGCCCCACCAUGGGAGUAGAGGUAUGCCUGCCUCUCAUGUCGGUACUCGUUUCUCUGAUGUUUCUGUGGAAGGACAUGUUUGGAGUUACCUACUCUGCCAUUUGGCUGACAUCACCUCCUACUUUAAUUUUUAAUUGUCUGUCAACCAGAGGUCAUAGUACCUUAAAAUUCCAGUCAAGUACCUUAAAAUUUGUUUGUAUUUGUGAGUGUGUGUGCAUUUACACAUACAUGUGUACGUGCAUGCUGAAAGGGCACUUCUAGAGAGUGCUAUUCUGACAGACUAGCAUAUGAUCCUCCACAUUGGUGGCUGCAGGGACUGAGAUCAGAAAAAUCUAGGCAGAAAGAGAGACUUAGUGGUAUCAGCACAGGAUUGCCCAGUAGGGCAGGCUCAGCUACAGGUGUCCAAUGUAUCAUCUUCAAGGAGCAUCCUAUCAAAUGCUCAUACUGGCAAAAUGACAAUCUGAAUUCUGCAACUUUCCAGUCUCCUACAGAUUGGCUCAUGUUGACCAAAUUCAUAUGGUACUAGAAAAAGAUUUGUAAAAGGAAUUUGGUGGACACACAUGCACACGAUUAUCCUGUGAUUAGUCAGCACAUUUCUUUCUGGAGAAAAAUGUCUACAAGAAGUUAAAUUACCAAGUGAAAAUGGUCAGGUGUUGAUAGAAUCCAAGUAAGGCUCAUUAUAGGUUGUUUACAAUGGUUAUGAGCUUUAAGUACUCAUAGUCUAAUGCAGUCCUCUCAGAAUAUUAAAUGUGUAUAUAAUGGACCAAUAACAUGUUGAUAUACAUUGACUGCUU